GUCCACAUUUUUAUCUCAUCAGGAAACUCUCAAUCCGACAUAACAAGUCUCUGGUCAGAUUCAUAGGACACAUGUUGUCUCCCAUGUUCUCAUGCCCAAUCGCAUCUCGCUCUUCCUCACCCGUACUGCAGCGUUCCCGAAAUCGCCGUCAUCAAAUCUCUGACGUGCAAAUGUUACACGAGAGUUGAACAGAGCACGAGAAUCUGUUAAGUCUUCCGGAGCAUCAUGAUCUCCUCCAGACCUCUGAACCGUAACUACGUCUCCAUCGUGAACCAAGUCCUCGCCGUCAUCGUCCAAAACCGCGAGUUCGACGCAAAGCUGGCGGCUUCCGCCGCGCCCACCUCGCCUCCUUGGGACACCGAAUCGGUCUCCGAGGUGCUGCGGUCGAUACCCAGAUGCUUCUUCCAAUCCCCUCGCUCCAUCGGUCGCCAGAAGACCUUCCGCCACCGGGCGCCCCUGAGACAGCGCGACCCGAGGCGCGAGUCCGAGAAGCUCCGGAAGGGUGCGCUCCUUCUAGGUCCCGCGGCUCACAGAGACCCGCAAAGGGUCGAGCUUGGGUUGGACAAAGCGCUCGAGUUCUACUACUGGGUCGAGUCCCAUUUCGGCUUCGUGCACAAUGAGAUGACUUGUAGAGAGAUGGCUGUUGUUCUGGCCAGAGGAAACGGGUUGAAGGAUCUGUGGGAGUUUCUUAAGACGAUGGAUAAGAGAGGUAAUGAGCUCGUCACGACUCCCACCAUCACCUGUUUGAUGAAGGUCCUAGGAGAAGAGGGCUUCGUUAAGGAGGCGACGGCCGCGUUUUAUAGGAUGAAGCAGUUUCAUUGCAAGCCGGAUGUCCAUGCGUAUAAUACCAUUCUCCUCGCGCUUUGUAGGGUGGGGAAUUUCAAGAAGGCGAGGUUCCUGUUGGAGCAGAUGGAAUUGCCGGGGUUCAGGUGCCCCCCGGACACUUACACAUAUACGAUAAUGAUUGGUUCAUACUGUAAGUAUAGUAUGCAAACUGGAUGCAGGAAGGCCAUUCGGAGGAGGAUGUGGGAGGCAAACCAUUUGUUUCGUCAUAUGCUUUUCAAAGGUUUUGUCCCAGAUGUGGUCACGUAUAACUGUUUGAUUGACGGGUGCUGCAAAACGAAUCGGAUCGGGAGGGCGUUAGAACUUCUUGAUGACAUGAAUAAAAGAGCUUGUGUCCCAAACCGAGUCACAUAUAAUUCUUUUAUUAGAUACUAUAGUGCUGUUAAUGAGAUUGAUGGAGCUAUUGAGAUGUUGAGGAAGAUGCAAAGCAUGAAUCAUGGCAUACCCACCUCGAGCUCGUAUACUCCUAUUAUACAUGCUUUAUGCGAAGCAGGAAGAGUGAUUGAUGCGUACCGUUUCCUCAUUGAAUUGGUUGAUGGAGGUUCGGUUCCCAGAGAGUAUACAUAUAAAUUAGUUUGUGAUGCGAUCAACUCUUCUGGAGCAAGUGGUCUGAUAGAUGAUAAACUGCAUAGAAAGAUUCAAGAUGAUAUAGAGAAAAGGCUUAGGCAGGUGAUGAAGGUGAAACCAUUGGUCACUUGCCAAUUGUCCUGACUGCUUAGCAAGAUUCAACAUGUAUGUGGAAUUGGAUGUUCCAAACACAUGGAUCAGUCCUCAAGGUUAAAUCUUUUGUCUGAGCAAGCUAUAUCACACAGCAAGGAGAAUAGAUAAAAACAAGGAAUGAAGUUGAACAUGACCAUACCUUGCUAAGAGGUGCUGCAUUGCGAAACAGUAAUGUUUCUAUUGAAAAUUCCAGAAUCGAAUCUACUCAAGCAUACAAGCUAUGUCACCAGUCACCCCUCAUUUGACCAGUGUUCUCUCUCUGUUCAGUGGGGUUUUCUGAUUUGCUUUUCAGGUUCUGGGGAGCUAUCAGCCAAAAGUUUUAUCUGAAAUGAAGGAGCAUAAGGAGGGAAAAUUUUUUGUUUGGUAAAGAGUGAAUUGCUUUUAUUUUGAUUUACCUGUAGGUAGCCAAUGCAAGGUGAAUGGUGGCAGGAGUGUCAAGUUCAAGGACGAACUCCUCUAUCUAUAUUUUUGCACCCGUUGCUUAGAGAAAAGCCAAAAUUUCUGCUCAUUCCUCUGUUGCUAUGAGUUUUCACUAUCUUAUGGAGAGAAAAAGGAAAGAGCUGUUUUCUGAACGUCUGAUUUCCCUAUUCAUGCCUUAACCUUUCAGCUUGCAGGCACUCGAUUGUGGUCCGCAAUGGAAUGGCGAUGACUUCACAUUCUCUGAAUAGUAUGACUUCACAUUCUCUGAAUAGUAGCAUGAUAAUGUUAAAUCUUGGGAAUGCUGGGCUAUGACUGUACCAUGAUACAUGGAAAAAUGAUCUUGUUGGGGUUUUGAGUUUCCUAAUUUUGUGCUGGUUUUUAUACUACUGUAAUCCAAAAGGAUGUGUAGGAGCUAUUCAAUUGUCUCACUCUGCUUGAUAAUAUAUCCACGUUUUGGGAUCUUUGUACGAAAA